AUGACUCGAACAGGAUUUGCUAUUCGAGGAAUGUCAGCUGAAGUAGCUAUUGCCCUUCGAGCCUCUUUUGGUACUCCUCUUUCUUUGGAGAGAGCACAAGCUACACUGUCAAAGAGGAAAGUUGUUGAAGAGGAUUCUGAGGAUGAUGGAGAUGAAGACACCUCUUUGAUAGCUAGACCUAGAGCCAGGAGACGCAUCAUUUCCGAAGAUGAAGCUGAAAUUUCUCCUGCCCGUGCCUCCUCUCUUACCGAACCUGUUACUGUUGUUUCUGAUGAUGAAACCAUUCCUAGGAACACCAAUGAAUCCAAUCAACGUCUCUUUGCUGACGGUUUCGAAAGUGGUGAACUAGGUCCGGUUUUAGAUGAAGUUCCUCUUUCCUCUUCCAUUCCUAUUCCUUCUAUUCCUCCUUUGGUUUCAAGUGCUUCUUUGCCCAUUUUAUCUGUUCCUGCUUCUUUGCCAAUUUCUGCUCCCUUACCUGCUUCGACUCCUUCUUCGACUCCUGUUAUUUUUACCUCUUCUACCAUUCCUCCUUCUAUAGCUCCCCCUUCCUCUGUUCAGCAUGCAGAGGAGGGUUCCAGUAGAGGAAGUUUGGCUAUGAGGAGUGCCAACCUCAUUGGCACGGAAUUGAUGGGAAGAGUUUCCCUUUUAGAAAAGAAGGCCUGUGAGUCUGAUAAGACUAUUCUCGAGGCUGAGAGGGUAGCUAAGGAAGCCCAGCUGGAAGCAACUAAUUGGAAGGAACAGUUUCAAAAUGCUCAAGAAACGAUAAAAGAAUUGCAAGAAAGCAACCGUAACCUGGAGCAGCAAAAGCAGACUCUGACUUCUGAAUUAGCGGGAGCCAAGGCUUCUUCUAGUAAAGCCGAGAAGGAUAAGGAGCGCCUUGAGUGUUCCUUUUCAGAGCAGUUAUCAAAGUCAAGUGAAGAAAUCAGAGAACUUAAGGCACUCUUGAACAAGAAAGAAGAGUAUGCAGGAGAGUUAGUACAAAACUUGACUCAAGCUCAAGCUGAUUUGAAAAUCUCCUCUGAUAAGGUUCAUGCCUUAGAGAAUGAAGCUCCCGUGGCUGAAGAACCUUUAAAUGAAGAAGCUGCUGCUGUGGCAGUUGAAGUUGAAAAUGUUGCAAUUCCAGCUCCCGAGGGUGAAACUUCUAUGAAUCAGUUUGAGGAAGCUGAAGCUUCUGUGACUCUUACUCCCCUCGAUGAAUCUAACACUUCAAUCCCAGCUGAAACCGCUCCUGUUGCUGUUUAUUCAGAAGUUACCGUUCCUGAAAGUGAAGCUGAUAUCACAACUUCUGAUGUUCCAGCCCCUCAGUGA